AUGAGCCUUAAUUGCUUUAAACAGUUCAAUCCUCUCUGCAAUAAAAAUCCCUUUUUAAACAGGUUCUCGGAUCUGCCCUUAAGCCGUCUUCCCCAACUUGAAAAAUCAUUGGAUUUAGCAACAGAACUUUUAAAUGAAGAAAAGCGUAGCAGCACCAUCAAUGGACGUUCACUAACCGACAACAACAAUCCUUUACUUAUUCGAUUAGUUUCAAAUUCUUUAAUUAAAAAAUUUGGGGGAAUAAAAACAAAAAAUGAUGUUCGUGUCCGUCUAUUCAAUUCCCCCACAAAACCCAAAUCCACAAAUUAUCGACUCGUUCGAAUAUCUGAGGACCAAAACAGACAAGAAAAGGGGGAGAAUAUGCCUAGUUUAAAUAGAAAUAUUGCAAAUCCUUUGUUGAGGCAAUUGUGGACUUGA